CGAGAUGAAAUCCACGGUUGAGGAUUUCCCGUACAAGUUCAAAAUUUUCUGUAUUGGCGCCAGCAAGAUAUAAGAAGGGGGAUGAUAAACCCGAUAUCCUCCCUUCUCGGCGCGCCUUUGUGGGGCUGUUUGGUUAGAAUAGUACUCAUAAAGAAUAAAACAAUACGGACUCGUCUGGCUUUGAUGUCGUCUUUGUCGUCUUUGGCUUCUUGUGGUGUAUCCGUCGCAUCAGCGCCGUUAAGCGCUACUGUUUAUACUCGGAAUAGGGAUCGAAACAGGCGGCGAAAAAGAACGGUGCUGUAUAAUGACAUUAUUAGAAAGGGAGAAAGGAGAAAUGAAGAGCCUUGAAAUUAAUGCAAGACCGAUACUCCGGGAAAACCAUGGGUUACAAGGAAUGCUCGGGCAGUUAAACAGGUCGACGGCGACAUAUGAAGAUCUAGAUAGGUAGAUGUAUUUCAUAUACAGAUGUAUGUAGAUAUUG